UACAUGAACUAGCUUGUUAUUGAAACUCCCUUGCAAUCUACAAUACUUUCGAGCAAAAUCUUUUGGGUUUUUUGCUUGGGGCACACCUAGGUGUUUGCUGCAAGCAUUCUUCACCCAACAUGACCACUGCUUAGAUAAUGGAAGAUCUCGGUGUGGGCACAUUGAGAAAUGAGAAUGCAUGCUUUCUAGGGUGCAUUAGGAUUUGUGAACAUAGUUACCCUACUGGCUACUCUUUGCUCGGUCCAUGGCAUUUUUAAUAGUAACAAUGUAUAUCGUAGGUUUUAAGUGUGUGUCUUCUGUUGUUUAGGCUUAUUAGCUAGUAGUGACAUGUUGUACUAACUGGUAUUUGAUUUGAAACCUAAUUAUACGACCCACUUUACCAAGGCUCCCUUCCCUUACGGGAACUUUCUGUUGGGGUGACUGUGCCCCCUUAACCCAGUUUUAUCAGACCAAAGGUCUCUUUUGAGCCUACCUUUGCUAAGAGAAUAAAGAGAAAGGAAAGUUAGACUUGGACACAAUCUCUAUGCAGAAUCACUGCUUACCUGCUCUCAUGUCCGGUGGUUGUACUUACUGGCUGUUUUAUUGUUAUUAAGAUAUAAAUAGUAGUAAAACUUUUGUCUGUUUCUACUAUAUUGAAAUAACCGCUACAUCAUGUUUGGCACUAGAGAUGACAAGGUUCAAUUUAAUAAGAGAACAAAACCAUCAUAGGAUGAUCCAUUCUGCGACUGUCAAGUCAUCAUUUUCUAGCUUGUGAGACUCUAUGGACCGCUUUGAAGAUAAAUUGAAGUGUUGUAGACUGCAGGAAAACAUUUAUUCUGCAAUUGCUGGGGUACAAUUUUCUUAGGUUUCACAGAUUUCAGCAAAAUAUUUAUGACAACGUAAGCUAAAUUUUACUUCAGAGUCAUGGCAUCAAGAUCUUGUGCAAACUUUUUUGACUUGGCAUCUGUGGAGAUACUGGAUAUACCUCAGAUUCCUAGAGCUCUUCCCCGGGUGAUGACUGUUCCUGGAAUCAUCGCUGGUGGUUAUGGAAGCAAUGAUGGGGAUUCAGAUAGUAUAACAUCUGCUUGUCAUGAGCGAAAAAUUAUUGUUGCUAACAUGCUGCCUUUGCAUGCUCAAAGGGAUACAGCAGCUGAAAAGUGGUGCUUUAGUUUGGAUGAGGAUUCUCUUUUAUUGCAACUGAAGGAUGGCUUUUCACCUGAAACUGAGGUUAUCUAUGUGGGUUCUCUCAAGGUUGAUGUGGAACUGAGUGAACAGGAGGAAGUUACACAGAGACUACUUGAGGAGUUCAAGUGUGUGCCUACCUAUGUACCUCGUGACAUCCAGGAGAAAUUUUAUCAUGGCUUCUGUAAGCAACAAUUAUGGCCACUUUUUCACUACAUGCUUCCCAUGUGCCCAGAUCAUGGAGAUCGUUUUGAUCGUCAGCUCUGGCAAGCUUAUGUCUCAGCAAAUAAGCUAUUUGCUGAUAAGGUUAUGGAAGUGGUCAAUCCCGAGGAUGAUUACAUAUGGGUUCAAGAUUACCACCUCAUGGUUCUUCCAACAUUUUUAAGAAAGCGAUACCAUCGAGUGAAGCUUGGGUUUUUUCUUCAUAGCCCAUUUCCAUCAUCAGAAAUUUACCGAACUCUCCCAGUUAGGGAUGAAAUUCUAAAAGGAUUGUUGAACUGCGACCUGAUUGGAUUUCAUACAUUUGAUUAUGCGCGUCACUUUCUGUCGUGCUGCAGUAGAAUGCUAGGUCUAGAUUAUGAAUCUAAACGAGGACACAUUGGACUUGAUUACUUUGGUCGUACAGUUUACAUAAAAAUUCUGCCAGUAGGAAUACAUAAGGGUCGACUGGAGUUGGUGUUAAAUCUUUCUUCUACAUUUGCUAAAGCUAAAGAAGUUCAAGAACAGUUCAAGGGAAUGAAAGUCAUUCUUGGUGUGGAUGAUAUGGACAUCUUUAAAGGUAUUAGUUUGAAAUUACUAGCUUUUGAACACCUACUACAGCAGCAUGAGGAUUUGCAGGGUAAACUUGUCCUUGUCCAAAUAGUAAAUCCUGCUCGUAGCUCUGGGAAAGAUGUCCAGGAAGCUAAGAGGGAGGCAUAUUUGACUGUUGACAGGAUCAAUCAAAUUUAUGGAAGAUCUAAUUAUGAGCCUGUAAUUUUGAUUGAUCGUCCAGUUGCUCGCUAUGAGAAGACUGCAUAUUAUGCUGUUGCUGAUUGUUGCAUAGUCAAUGCUGUGAGGGAUGGGAUGAAUUUAGUGCCUUACAAGUAUAUUGUCUGUAGGCAGGGUUCUCUUGGUAUGGAUGAGGCUAUGGGUAUCAAAGCUGAUUCUCUUAGAACUAGCAUGCUUGUUGUGUCAGAAUUUAUUGGUUGUUCACCAUCAUUGAGUGGAGCAAUUAGGGUAAAUCCAUGGGAUAUUGAGGCUGUCGCUGAGGCUUUAAAUGUGGCCAUCACAAUGUCGGAUUCUGAGAAAGUGCUUCGUCACGAGAAGCAUUACCGCUAUGUUAGCUCUCAUGAUGUAGCUUAUUGGGCCCGUAGCUUCAUGCAGGAUUUGGAGAGAGCAUGCAAAGAUCAUUACAGUAAGCGAUGUUGGGGCAUUGGUCUUGGCCUAGGUUUCAGAGUCAUCGCACUUUCGCCAAGUUUUAGAAAGUUGUCCAUAGAUCACAUUGUUUCCUCAUAUAGGAGGACACAGAGAAGGGCGAUAUUUUUGGACUAUGAUGGUACUGUCGUACCUCAGUCAUCUAUGGUUAAAGCUCCAAGUGCCGAAGUUAUUACACUGUUGAACACUCUAAGCAAUGACCCUAAAAACACUGUGUAUAUUGUUAGUGGCAGAGGAAGGACCUCAUUAAGCGAAUGGCUUGCUCCAUGUGAAAGGCUUGGAAUAGCUGCUGAACAUGGAUACUUCAUAAGGGAGAGUAAAACCUCUGAUUGGGAAUCUUUGGCUUCUGAUCUUGAAUGGAACGAAAUUGUGGAACCUGUGAUGAAACUUUACAGGGAAGCAACUGACGGAUCAUAUAUAGAAACUAAAGAGAGUGCAUUAGUGUGGCACCAUCAUGAUGCAGACCCUGAC